AUGCUUGCAAUGCGUCGCCAGCUAUGGCACAUGCGCAUCCGGGGUCGUCGGAGACAUUUGAAAACGCCAUGUUCGAGAGCGUUUAGUGUAUUGGGAAGAAGGGGGGCUUAUGAGGAUACGAUAGGGAAUUUGAAGAUUGGGAGGGAUACGAGGGUUGUUUUUCAGGGGUUUACUGGUCGACAGGCAACAGCCAACGCCAAAGAAUCAAUAGCAUGGGGCACCAAUAUCGUCGGCGGCGUCACGCCCGGCAAGAAUACAGAACAUUUAGGACUCCCGGUCCUUCCAUCUGUUCGAGAGGCAAUGCAGAAACUAAAACCACACGCAACGGGUAUCUACGUAGCAGCACAUCAAGCUCCCGCAGCUAUCGAAGAAGCGAUUGAGGCCGAGGUACCGCUUAUUGUUGCUGUAGCGGAACAUAUUCCCGUUCAUGAUUUGUUGAGGGUGCGUUUCUUUUCUUUCUUCAAGGAGUAUUUGAGGGAUGGAAGUAGAUGUGCAGGUGGAUGUGGAGGUUAA